UUCAAACUUUUGGACGAUGAGCAAAAUUUUUGUUGACGUAGCCAUUAUUUUCGCAGAAUUAUUUAGAUGUUUAACUAUAAUAUUCACAGGAACGAGUGCUUAAAUAAUAAAUCCCUAAAAAAAUUAUAAAUUUUCAAAAAAAAAUUGAAUAAAGCCGAUAAAUCAUGGGUAAGAAAAAGUCAGAGUCAGAAGGGGCACAAAAAAAGGCAAAAGAUGAGCCAAGAAAGUCAAAAGUCGACCAAAGAAAGUCCAUAAGCGAAAAGAUCGAGCGUCUGUGCAAGUGCAAGAAAAUCUUAUCGCUGCACGACAUGCACGAUUUCGGUAACUUGGCCAAGUACCCGCCGGCCACUCCGACCCCCGCCAUACAGCAACCAUGCGACGAAUGCAAAGACGAGGUCCACGCGACGUACGCGAAACUGCACAAGGCGCUGGCCAUACCCUACGACCCGCACACGUUCGUUACGGUCAAGACUGAUUUGUCGGCAUGCCCGAAGUUCGAAAUUCGUGCCGGUACCAAGCACAUGAAAUCGGAAAAAUACUCGGUUUUGUCGUGUGGCUUUCAGGGCGUGGCUAUCGCGGGAGCGGCGAUCGCGACGUCGCACCACAUGAAGCCCACUUGUUGGAACAGCGAGGUAAUCGAUCAAGUGCUCGACGACGGCGAUCUUUGGUUCUGCGAGUCGUACAAAGACAUCAAGACCAGCGACAGGCGUCGCGUGACUCUGCGCGAUCUCCGGGUCUCUCUCAACGUGCAGAACGAGCAUCAGGUCACGCUGGACGUGGGCGACCCGGUCUACACCGGUACGUUUCGCUCCGAGAACAUGACGAUCAUGCACGUGGCUCGGGCUCUGCUGCUCUUCUUCGACAACUACAACUCCGCCGUGCUGACGUCCUCGGUUCUGAACGUCGCCAUGUGGCGAACCGGCAACAAGUACAACUUCUUCGAUGGCCAGGCUCGCUGCGUCAACGGCGAGGUGAUCGCGAAGCCAAACGAAGACGGAGACAGCGCCAAGCUGAUCAUCGUCGAUAGCGUCGACGCUCUUCUGCACUUCAUACUGGAGAAGAGCAACGUUAAUAACGAGUCCUUUGUCAUAUACUCGGUCAGGGUCGGCAAAUCUGAACCGUUGGCCUCUUUGCCGACCGAGGAAGAAUUGAAGGAAAUGGAUAAACCGAUGAUUCGAACCGACGGCUUUGUUGUUCGUGAGAAGUAUCGUGCGGUACUGCAAGGCACCUAUCACCUGGAGCACCACUUCAUAGUCGAAGAGCUGCGCACUCGAAGCCACUUGACCUUCGCCCUGGGAGCUCUGAUAUACACGAAGCUCGUGCAAACUAGAAAUUGGACCAAGACCCUGCUCGAUUUGAUCUUGAAUCAAUCCAACAUCUAUCUGAUCGAUUUGGCGAGGGCACUCGAUAAGCGACUCGACGAGACUUUUCAACUGACCGUCGACGAGCUGCUCGGCGACGUCAUUCUCGGCGUUUGCACGGCCAAGAUCAAGGUCGAGGAGAACGUCGUGCCCGGCCAGACGAAGGGAAAAGUCACCAUCGACGUUGGUAUCAGAACUUUUUUCGAGACGUACACUCACGGAGUGAUCGAGCUGAAAGGCAUCUUCUACGCCGUUUGGCGAGUGAAUCAUAAAUACUACUUGCUCGAUCCUUUCGCUUGCGACGAGAACGGCUUCAGAGUCGAUCCGAACGACGAAGAGAGCCAGGAAAAAUACGAGACAGCCUCCGCUUGCGUCACCAUGAACUCGUCCCUCGAUCAACUCCUCGAAGUACUCAUGAAAAAUAACGACAUUAAAGACAAAGAUCCGUUUGUCAUUCACGGAAUCACUGUGCUAUAUAUCACGGUCGGGGACGGUUCCAACGAUGAGGUGAUAUAUCGCGACCCGAACACCAAACGACGUCCAGAACCGGAGGAAGAAGAAGAACCGGAAAUCACCGAAUGCGAAAUCGUCGACACGGAUCCCAAGCCGCGACCCCAAGAAGGUCUCACGACCGAAGAAGUAAUUCAAUAUCCCGAUCUAAUGGAGCGAGUCGACAAAUUUAUAACGUCCUAUGAGGAGACCGUGAGCUCGGAGCUCGUGAAAAUCAAAGACUAUAAAAUAGUAAAUCCCAAUAGGAUAAUACUCAGAGGCACUAAAAAUCUCUCGGAUAAGGAUUUCAAGCCUGAGAAUCAAGGACAACAGGGUAUUAUAACGGCAAUAACGGCUGUCGCCCAGGGUAGACUGUCGUGCACAACUAAAUGGGAUCCUGCCGUGAUAGAUCAAAUUAUCGUCAGCUCGAACGAUAUUUACGGUCAAUUGGUUGAUUACAUCGAAACUUAUGUAGAUUUCGACGAGAUGCGACUCUCGAUGGUUCCAAAAAUUUUUGAGUAUCAAGAGAAGCAAUUUCACUUCGGCAAGCGAAGCCGAGUUCUCCAGGGACAAUCCAAUCCUCUAGUAAAUCUCGGCGAGGCCUUGGAGCGAUAUUUCGCGCUUUACGAUCAGUUGAUCCUUGAGAACAAAAAACAUCAUUACUGUAUAUGGAAACGAGCAGAUAAAUAUGGCCUUUUCAAUCCUUACGGUUGUGAUGAAGAGGGAUGGCAAAAUAUAACCAUGCCAGCUGGCUUGGUCAUCGUUGAUAGCAUCGUCGAACUCGUUAACGUGCUCUACGGAACUUUGGACUAUUAUGAAAAUGAUUUUAUCAUACAUUAUUUUGAUUUAAUUCAGAAAUCAGAGGACGACGAUAAAGAAGUGGAGAUGCCCAAAGUCAAGCCUUUCGGGAAAUUUAUCACUAAAUUUUUGCCUCUGACUAAUGAUGAUUUAGCCGACAUAAAUCCUGAAGAGGGAGUAGAUGAUGACGAUUCUGUGUUUAUAUUGUUUGACGAGAAUGACGAGGGUCAAAGCAAGAAAGGCAGGUGUAGAAGGAUUCGGAAAAAAGCAAAUGAUGCCGGAGGUUUGGCUGCUCUGUUGGAUUCGGAAAAAGAAGAACCGAAACAACCUGACCCGCCACUGCGGUUAAAUCUGGCACUGGUCACUGGAAUGGUAAAAGUCGAGCCUCCAGUAGACGAGGAGGAAAUAUACAAGAAAAAUCUCGAAACUUAUUAUGAAAAGUUAAAGUACGAUCAUCCACCGCCUUUUACCACACCGCCUAAAAAGACUGUGUGCAACCUCCUGCGCUCAAAAUUAGCCUCUAAGUCUGCGCACUCUUUGCUCUCGAGGUUCUCUAUUGACUCGAAAUUAUCUGUCAAGGAAAAAAUCGAUUCGGAUGAAGUUGCCACCAUAAAAUCAACCGACGAAGUCAACAAAACGAGUCUAAUAACUCUUCCACCAGAAAAAUUCUUCUAUUCUAAUCGUUUACCAAACGGUAUGACGCCAAUAAGGGCUGUAGACGACAUGUUUAUAAAGAACGAAAUUGUGGAAGAUAAAAAGGCCGAAGAGUGCCAAUUAAAGCGGAGGGAAAAAGAAAUUAUAAUGGUGCCCGAGGAAGAAAGGCCUAGCAUAUUGCCGAUCAUCAUUCCCUUGGGUCCUGUCAUAAGGACGCCAAUAUUCAUUCGCACUCCAAAAGAUUGUCCAGAUAAAAUUAUCCGAGAGUGUCCAAUAUCUGCAGCAGAAAGAAGAGAUGUCGUCAUGAGGAAAUUAGCCUGCGGUACCGAAAACCUUUUGCUUGAAAUAAUGGCUCCUGGUUUCAAUUCUUUACUCUGCGAAGAAAAGGAGCGCGAGGGACCUUGUGUACAGCAAGCUAUAGCUAUCAAGCAAGAAGCUGGGGAAGUUGUCAAACAAGAGGCUGACGAAGUUACGGUUAAACAAGAACCUGGCGCAGAUUCAGUCAAGCAAGAACCCGGUGCAGCUUCACUCAAGCAAGAACCCGGUGCAGCUUCACUCAAGCAAGAACCCGGCGCAGCUUCACUCAAACAAGAACCCGGCGUAUCUUCGGUCAAACAAGAACCUGACGUAAAAACGAAACAAAAAUCUGGUGCAACUGUAAAACAAGAACCUGGCACAACACAGGUCAAGCAAGAACCCGGCACAACACAGAUCAAGCAAGAGCCCGGUACAAUCGCUGUUAAACAAGAGCCCGGUGAAACUGACGUCAAGCAAGAACCCGAAGAACAAAUUUCAACUACACGACUAGCAUUAAUACUGAGAUCCGAGUUUAGCGGUUUCGUAAAAACCAAUGAUCCAACCAUUGGAAUAAUCAAGGCGGGCAUGAGCCUUCAAGACCGAGAAUCCUCCGAUGUCACUCACUACAAAGAUUGUUAUUACGCCUCGAUGUUUUGCAUCAUCGCCAAGAUCAGCAAGAGCGUCGACAAAUUCAAUCGAAAAAUCUUGGAUUACAUAAUCGCUUCGGCUAAGAAAAUCGGCGACGCUAUCGGUGGCUUGAAGGUCAUUCAGACACGAACAUUCCAUAACGCCAUCUUGAUGCAAAGCAAGUGCAACCUCAUAAUCAGCGAGAUUCGCUACGCCGAUCCGGAAAACAGUGAAUACGACAAAUUACCCAUCGUGCUCUGCGAAUUCUUCAGCAAGCAUCAAACUGGCAUAAUUAGUUUUCUAAAUGCGUCCUACGCUUUUUGGUUGGCCGACGGCGUCUACUAUCUGUUUGACCCGUACGGUUGUGACGAAAACGGCUGCGCCAAUCCGGCAGGCGCAGCCUGCGUUAUGCGCUGCCGCAGCAACGAGGCAUUUGUUGCGAGGCUAGAGAGUAAUGAAGGCAAAUUUGCCAAUCAGCCCUUCAGGUUACAUUCGAUCGCCAUAUCUCAUUACGAACGGAUCAAGUCACCCAAGAAACGUAAGGUCAAAAAAUGCAAGGUCAAAAAGCCUUGUCCACAACCAUGUCCACAACCAACGCCGAUAAUUGAGGAACCAGAAGAGUGCAAACCAAUCAUUGAAGAACCAGAUGAAGUCAUUAUCAAGCCUCCUCUUAUCGAAAAAAUAGAUUGGCUCACAUACGAUAAAAUCGAGCCUCCGCAAAAUUGCGCGAUUUCUGGUUUUCAAGCGAUUCCGAAUUACCACGCUUCGGCGUUGGAGGUAGACGUUUUAGAAAAUGACCCUACCAGGCCGAUAUUGGGACCUAUGCGAGAGAACGAGAAAAAGGAGAUGGUCCGCAUGAAUACCUACGAUCGCGAGUUUCACGAAAGAACCUUCCUGGCGGAGCCCAUGUCUCUCUGCAUCAUGGCCUGGGCUCAGAUCUACGACCCGGCCAUCUGGAGCAUUCAGACCGUCAAAGGUCUUUACGAGGCCUGCAAGGAGUACUCGGCGGACAGUCUGUUUGCCGCGGACGACACCAGCGUCAACGAAAUGUACGACGAUCUUCUGACCGAGUUCAAUAUCGCCAACUACACCUUCAGAGUUGUCUUCGCGCCACUGCACACUGGCACUUUGUACGCGACCUCGGGCUGGAAUUUAGCGGUAUCGCUGCAGCGGAUUUUCGACUCUCCAAUUUAUACAGGAGCUGUUCUGUGUUGCGAGGAAAAAUUUUAUGGUGUUAUGAAGAGAGGUAGAAGAUAUUACGCUUGGUGGCUAGUCAAGUGGACCAAGAGCAUCAGGAUAAUUGUUACUGAAGACCUGAAAGAUUAUUUAAAACUUCUUGUCAAGGAUUUGGAUAAAAAUUCUGCUGCUGAGUUUUCCAUGAGAAUCGUAACGAUGUCAUACGCCGUGAUGGUUGGACCAAAUUGCGGUGACGUGGAUGGACUUCACCAGUCCAUGAUGCCGACGGAUUCCAUUCCUCAAGUUUAUCGCAAAAAUCCCGAAGAUUACGACCCGAAGGACAUUUUCAAGCCGAUCGAUAAAGAUCAUGCGACCACCUUUGUGCGCGGCUCCGUCGCUCUCAAUGAGAGAGACAAAGUUACCGAGCCCACGGUCAAACGGUGCUAUUUCGUUGCCUUGCUGGCUGUGCUGAUGAAAAGGGAUCUCAUUCAAAAUCCGAUACCCGCAAUGGUCGACAAAAUUGUGGAGCUCGGCGAAGCCAUUUACAAAUUGAUGCCAGAACCGAAGUAUCACACGAGUCAUAUUUUGAAAGACGCCAACUUGAUGAAUCGCACAUUCGAAUUUUGCGAUGUCGCGUACGGGCCGAUCAGGCUUCAAAACGAGAAAGACCCCGGUAUGAAAGAUUUCUUUACUGUCGUUAGAACGGCCUUGAAAGAAUACUUUGAAGAGAGAACCAGCGGCAUUAUUCAUUUCACCAACUGUUGUUACGGAUUUUGGUACUCGGAAGCGACUGAAUGUUAUUAUUACCUUGACCCGUAUCAAUGCAACGAAAAGGGACGAAGAGUCGAAAUCUGCGGCAAAAGUUGUUUUUGUGUAUUCUCCACAGUUUGUGAUAUGGUCCAUCAAAUGUGCGCCAACAAAUCCCCAGAAACUAGUGGCUUUUUCAUACAUGAAAUUCACGUCGAGGCAGUCAAUGCAUUGAACAACGAUCAAUUUGUGGAAGAUCCAAUUUGGGCAUACUUAGAUUAUCAUUGGAGCCAACGACACUGUCCCCGGCCCAGAUCAUCGAAAAAGAAGCCAGGUGUAAUUGAGAAAGCGAAGAUACCUAUUUGGAAAGCCUACGUUGUCGAAGUGCCGAACAUGAUUUACUCUGUGUGGGGUUCGAUUGGCACUUUUGAUCCGCAAUUCGAAUGUCGAGCUGGCAAAAAUCAAGCGGCCAUUGUCGUUUGCGCUUUCGCAGUGCGCAAUUUGUGUCAUCCCGCUGAAUGGACUGGCGCUACACUCGACUCUAUAGUCCUUGCCGGUGAUACUUAUUACAAGGAGAGUAAAAAUUCUGACACCAAGUGUCAGAACAGAUUCCUUCUAUCACAAUCCUUGAAAAUAACGCCAUUCCAAUGGGACAUCGAAUUUCUCCCGGGUAUCUGCGGAGUGCUGUACGGAGAGAAAAAUAAACGAAGUCUCAGUGAAGCUGUAACACUUGGUUUAAAGAGACAGCCUCAGCUGCUGCUCAAGUGCGGUAAGAAAUUUGUGGGCAUUCUACAAACUACAGAUGGUUAUUAUGCGGUCGAUUCAUCUUGGACGGGACCACCAUUGUUCCGUAAAAAUCACGGAGCCAUUUACGCGAUUCGAUGCAAAAAUACCAAUAUUUUGAUUUAUGUUUUGACCAAAAUGCUCAAUACGAAUCAAAAGGUGCGUCUUACGGUAACUCCAUUAAAAAUGGACUACAAGCAAGAAGUUGUUGCUUGCAAAUCAACGAUGCCAAAAACUAGAAUGAUUUUAACGAGACCAAUGAAGCCUGCUCCAGGAAGGACUAUUGAACAUGAUAGUCUUGUGUCCGGCAGUGUGGCUGUACCGGAACAAGAUUCUUAUCUCAUGUACAAUAGAAAUUUGAAAUUAGGAUUGGCACAUGGUCAUACGUUUGAGAUGGAAGGAAUGAAAGUUGAAGGCGGCUGUAAAUCUAAAAGAUUAAAGAAGACUUGUGGAAGGAAGAGAAUAGAACCAGAAGUAGAUGGACCAUACGACGAAGGUCCCAGUAUAUUGUACCGAAAAGUUAGCCUGCCGAAACAAUUGGAUCUCGCCAAGUAUGCCCUCGAGGAAGCUGCGGCGCUUAAAAGGCAAACUAGCUUAUGCCCAGAGAUAAUAUCUACUUUAUCAGAAAAUUAUACUGUGGACGUGAUACCUGGAGUCGCUGGAAUGGCCCAAGUAUGUUCAAAAGUUUCAUCAAAAGGAACAUGUCCUUUAAUGGACCAACCCGAUAAACUCAAACCUGAUCGUGAUUGUGCUUCCGGAAUCGAUCAUUAUGGACCAAUUGGUUGGCAAGAUGUAGAAGAAAUAGACUUAACUAACAGUUUCAUUGCUGACAAGACUCGACGGGAAUUUAAAAAAUUCAAUCAAGAACUUAGCAAAGAUUUAUACAAAGAGGAAAAGCAAAUGACUGAACAAGAAUAUAAUAAUAGGAUGGAUAUGUUGGAACUUACAUCAACUUCAAAUUCUGACUGCAAUAAAACCUCUGCUCCUUGUACGCAAAAACAACCUAAAUAA